UUGCAUAUUACUUCUGUCUGUCAACCGGAAGGGUGGUAUCUGGGCAGGUUCAGCAAACACACAGGCACUACGUUUGUUCAUGUUUAAAGUCAAAUCAUGUUUGGCCGCUGUUUGUGGAAAGUUUUCUGAAUAAGCCUGGGACUUUCUGACUGUCAUUCUCCCACACACUCCUUUGAACUUGUGACGGUGUUGGGCAAGGUUUGUGUCAGUUAGACUACCAAGUAAAAAGCUUACCUGUGGCGGCGCGCAUACUCUCUGCCUGGCCUGUUUCUGUUUGUGGAAGGAGGGAUCACUACAGUCAGCGUUCUUGAACUCUUCGAUACAAGGGAACGAAAUCAUUUUGUGGAGAAGACAUAUCGUUAAAAGAUCAUUUCCUAAACAGGCCUGUUGCCAUCAUAAAUAAAAACGCCCAUUCACUCACCCACCCCCUCUGAAGCCCUUUUCUCCUCCCUGCGUGGUGCUCUGCCCAAUGAUGAGUGUGCAGCCUCGGAGGAUCCGCCUGAAGCCCUGGCUGUUAGCCCAGGUGAACAGCGGGAGGUACCCCGGCUUGCAGUGGCUCAGCCCGGACCACCGGAUCUUCCAGAUCCCCUGGAGGCACGCCACAAGACACUUGCCCACCUCUGAGGAAGAGAACACCAUCUUCAAGGCCUGGGCUCUGGAGACAGGGAAGUACCAGGAGGGUCUGGAUGAGCCGGACCCUGCCAAGUGGAAGGCCAACCUGCGCUGUGCCCUCAACAAGAGCCGGGAGUUCAAACUGAAAUACGACGGCACCAAGGAGACACCCGUCCAGCCCUACAAGAUCUACGAGGUCUGUGACCAGCCCUGCAAUGGAGGUAAAAACACCGUUGAUGAAGAUGAGGAGGAGGAGAUGCCGAAUAUUGUUGACCUCUCCAUUGACCCCAGAAUUAGUGACCCACGCAGUUAUCAGGCAUUCCCUACCUCACAUGGGAUAGACGUUCCCUUCAGCUCCCCCCUCAAUGACAGAUAUGGCACCUCCCACCACACCCCUAUGUACCCCAGUCCCAACAUGCACUCCAAUCCCAACGGGGCCAAUACCAUGGCAGCGGAUCUCCCUCAGCCAACCAUGGCUCCCCCAGAGUUUUCUUCCCACGUUCCAUUGGUGGUGAAGUUGGAACAUGGGGUCUUUGUGCACCAUGGACACGCAGAACCCUCCAACGGCCUGGGGAUGGGUGGAGGGAGCAUGCAGCCUCCUAUGGUCACUGAGAUGGCCACCAUGGUUCCUUCUGCUGCAUCUGCGGCUCCGGUUGCCCCUCACCCAGGUGCCGCCCCAAUGGAGGCCAUGUCCGGAGUCCAGAACCAGGAAGAAGGGCAGGCGGUGCCACCCUACAAAUAUGACCUGCUGAACAGCCUGCCAUUGACUGACCUAGACAUGAAAUUCCAGUAUCGGGGUCGCAAGAUGGGCUCCCUGACGGUGAGUAACCCCCAGGGCUGCCGGCUGUACUACGGCCACUUGGAGCCCACCCCGGAGCAGGUGGACCUGUUCGGCCCUGUCAACCUCAACCAAGUUCUAUUCCCUGGCUCGGCCGACAUCCAGAACGAGAAGCAGCGGUUCUACACAGAGCACCUGCUGGAUGUGAUGGACCGAGGCCUGAUCCUGGAGAUCUGGGAGCAGGAUAUAUACGCUAUCAGGUUGUGUCAGUGCAAGGUGUAUUGGUCUGGGCCAGGCGUUGACGAGCAGGGGCCUCCCAACCCUAUGGAGAGGGAGAGGAAGUACAAAGUGUUCAGCCUCAAUAACUUCCUGCACGGGCUCAUCUUGUUCCAGAAAGGUGAAACUCCCACCCCACCCCCGUUUGAGCUCUGCUUCUGCUUCGGGGAGGACUGGCCAGACCAACGGAAACCCAAGGAGAAGAAGCUCAUCGUUGUGCAGGUGGUCCCGGUGGUGGCGCGGAUCCUAACAGAGAUGUUUUCUGGAGAUCUGUCCUGGUCCACAGACAGCAUCCGACUGCAGAUCUCCAACCCAGACUUGAAGGACCAGACGGUGGAGCAGUUCAAGGAGCUCCAGAGGCUUCUCCAGAGUCAGCACGGCCUGGGUCCCUGGGCCACCAACGGACCCUGAGUCAGGGGCCUCUUGCUGGGUCUUCAACAGGGCCUGUCCUGGAUCAAGGCCUCGACUGCUCAUGGACUAUUAAUAGCACACUGCACUUGGAUUAACAACCUUAUUCAACAUUUUGUGUGUGGGGAUAUUAGCCUUCUUUCAACCCUGAGCCUCCCUCAUUCUAUAGAAUCUUCAUCCAGCCAGAGCCUUGUAUCUAAUCUUAACUGGAUCUUGGGUAGAACUACUUGUACAUCGUCAAAACCCAAACUGCUCUCUUUUUUUGGUCCCUUAAAUUAUUUUUUGGAAUUUCAAUAAAUACCAUUGCAGUAUUUUUUUAAUGGUGGCAGGUAUUACUCAAUUGUCACUUUAAUUUCUAUCAAUUUUCUUUCGCAGCCACCUUAAUCUACUGUACUAGAACGUGGCUUUCUUGAGAAUGGACACUUUUUUUUUUUAUAAACUAAUAAACGACUACGUUAAUCAGCAAAGUGGUAAUUUAUUCCAUGACCAGACAAUUUUGUACUUUUUGCUGUGAAUGGGGUUUACGUCAAGGUUGUGAAUGGGUGAAAGCAUCUACUGGUAUUGUCAUUUCACCCUCAGAUUCUAGUGGGGGAAUUCCAGAACAGUGAAACAACUACCUCCAUGUUCACUUUACAGCUGGAAGGGAACCUGUUUGACUUGAACACAGACCGGGUUGUAUUGUGGACAUGAUCCAAAACAUGGACUUGGCAAUGAGGGUGAACCAGUCAGCAAAUUACCCUUGGAAGGGUGGUGAGUGACAUAUGGACUUCUACAUGCAGUCACUGGAAAUGUUGAUUGUGAAUGGGAUUGAAAAGUAGGGGCUUAUUAACAUGUGUACGGUAUGGUUGCAUGUGUGGAAAUGUCUCUGAAUAUGUUACAGCAACAAGCAUGUCGGCAUCUGUCUGGACAUUUAAGUAGAACACAACACCUAAAAAAAGUGUGUACGCAUGUCUGACGGACAGCAGUGGCUCUGCAACAAAUUACACCUUGGCUAACUGGUUUCUGCCAGAGGAUGAGUGGGGUUGUGGGUCUGGGAUGAACAAAUGUCUAAACUCUAAAACAUGAUACAGACAAGGGCACGUUUGUUCCUCACUGUCGUUUUUAUUGUUGUUCACAACAUGACGGUGUCUGCCUAUCCAAGAAUGGACGAUGCCAGAGGUGGAAAAAAAAAAAAAAA